AGAAGGAUUGGUCAAAACCUUUCGUCUCUCCUGCAGACUCAUUCGAUUAUCAUCUUCUCACUAUUUAUUAUCUUUGAAGAAUCGAGCUUUAAGUUUGGGGAAAUAGAUUGUGUCAAGAAAUGGAGUAGGAUCAUUAGCAGUCAGAAUAAGCCGCCAUUAGCAAUUUGGAAGUCAAUUCUUUCAGUAGAAUGUUAUUGACAUCAACAGCUUCCAUGCUUCGACGCUUUACCUGUUUUAAUGCAGCCGUCAAUUCUUCUCCUGCACUAAACCAUCCUCUUUCUCUUCCCACUAGAAAAAAACUAGUCUUUCUUGGCUCUCCUCAGGUUUCUGCAUCUGUUCUCGACGAUCUUCUCGAUGCUUCAUCUGCCUCUGACUCUCAAUUUGAGGUUGCAGCAAUUGUUACUCAACCACCUUCGGGAAGAGAUAGGGGAAGAAAAGUGAUGCCUUCUCCAGUUGCUCAACGAGCUCUUGACAGAGGCUUUUCAUCUGAUUUGAUUCUUACCCCUCAACGAGCUGGUGAGGACUCGUUUUUGUCGGACUUGAAAGCUCUGGAGGCAGACCUUUGCAUUACAGCAGCGUAUGGCAAUAUUCUACCCAGCAAGUUUCUGAAGAUUCCUUCACUGGGUACUGUGAAUAUUCAUCCAAGCUUGCUACCUUUAUACCGUGGAGCUGCUCCUGUUCAAAGGGCUUUGCAGGAUGGGAUAAAAGAAACAGGAGUAUCAUUGGCAUUCACAGUCAGAGCUUUGGAUUCUGGACCUGUCAUUGCUUGGGAAAGAAUGGAAAUUGACGAUGAAAUAAAGGCACCAGAUUUGCUUGAGCGGUUAUUUUCUCAAGGAUCUAAACUUCUAAUAAGUGAGCUCCCCUCAAUAUUUGAUGGAUCGGCAAGUGUAAAAGCCAGACCCCAAGAUGACUCUAAAGCAAGCUUGGCACCAAAGAUUAGUCAGGAGGAGUCGUGGCUUUCAUUCAAUGAAGAUGAUGCAAGAGUGUUGCAUAACAAGGUUCGAGCAUUUUCAGGAUGGCCCGGGACAAGAACAAGAUUAGAAGUUAUGGAUGGAAACAACAAAAGCAACAGUGUUCUAGACCUCAAAAUUAUCACAACAAGAGUUUGGGGUGGCGAGGGGCACCUUCUUUCCGGUCUUGAAGCGGAUAAUGUGACCUUUAUUAAGGGCGCCUUGGUAUUCCCCUGUGCAGGAGGUACAGCUCUUGAGGUAUUGGAGAUUCAGGUUCCUGGUAAGAAAGCUGUAAGUGGUGCUGCUUUCUGGAAUGGUUUGCGUGGUCAACAGCUCAAGAUAUGUUGUCAAAGAGAAGCUAAGCUAAGCUAGCUUUAUUGCUCUAAUAGUAAUAAUGGUAAUGAAACAAUAAUGAUUGAUGAAGCUUUAGGAGGUGAUGGUCUUUAGUACUAAUUGAAAACCCAAAUUAAAAGAAAAAAAAAAGGGAAAAUGAUGAUGGGAUUAGUUUCAAAUUGAAGAACACCUACUUUUAGCUUUUGGAAGAAUCAAGCUAGCCUAGCUUAGUUUAGCUAUCUAGCUAGCUUGAUCAUGAAUGAAAGUUUCUGCAUGCUUUUGUUA